CACCAGCAAGAGCAACUUCUCUCACAGCUAGUUAAGGACAGUACUAACGUCCCGUUUUUCCAUGUUUCCCUUUUAAAUAGUUGGAAGUAUGAGUUUGUCGUCACGGAACACGUUUGGCGUCUCUGGUCGCAGCUGUGUCGUUUACCUUUAAGUGUAGUGCAGAAGUUGGAAAGUAGCAAACCUUGGCUAACGUUGGCUUACUUGCUAAAAGGGAUACCGGUGGAAUUUAUCUUGUAUCUGUCUUCAUAUUUGACCAGUCUUCAUCCCACCUAAUACCCCACGUCCUCUUGCUGCUGUAGACGCUGCAGUUUUAUUAAAGAAUCGAGUUUUUGACCGUGCCCACCGCUCAUUCUGACUUCAGUCGACACUAGCCUGCUGCUAACGGACAGUAGCAACAGUCGCCAAGGCAACAAUGAAUAUCCUCCCUAAGAAGAGCUGGCACGUUCGCAACAAAGACAACGUCGCGCGCGUGCGGAGAGACGAAGCACAGGCGGCAGAGGAGGAGCGCGAGGCACAGCGUCGCGUGGAGCGUGCUGAGCAAGAGGCACGUACAGAGUAUCUGAGGAAGAAAGCCCGAGCUGCUCUCCCGUAUGAAGGAGGAAGGAGCGCUGAUCAUGAUGAAGACCGAAGGGGAGGAAGUGGAGCUCUGGAGCAUCUUAAUCUUUUUCCCCUGGAAGAGUCAUCCGAGAAGAAGGGAAACGAGGAGUAUCUCAAAGAAAAGAAAGAUGAGAAGGAGAAGCAAGAACGAGCAAUCGGUUUGCUGGUGUCUCUCGGACCCCAACCAGGAACAGAGGUCACUCCGUGGUACAUGAAAACCGGCAAAGAAAAAGAAGAGUUGAAGGAAAAAGAAGAGAGGAAAGACAAAGAUAAGCGGAAGGGGAUCAGUGAAGAGGAGAGAGAGAAGAAAGAUCGCAGAUUGAAAGAUAGUUUAGAUCCACUGAAAGAUAUGAAGAAAGCACUAAACAUAAAGGAGAAAAAACACCACAAGAGCAAGAAAUAUGAGAAAAGAGACAAGGGGGAAAGGAGAAGCAGUGGAGAGAGCUCCAUUGAAAGGUUACGUGCUGAGCGUUUGCAAAGGGAGGCUGAAGAAAAGAGACGAGCCCAGGCACUAAUCGACCUGAGGACCGGCAAAAGGAAGGAGCCAGGGAGUGAGACAACUGAGAGGGAGAGGCCAUACAACAGCGCAUACUUCCCAGAACUCGCACGAAAGCGUCAAAGGCGGGAUCGAGACAGCUGGAGAGAUGAAAUAUUAAAAUCAUGAACUGUCUUUAUUGGUCGUUUGAGAGCUGUGAUCUGUGAGGGAUUGUUAAUGGACAAUAUUGUGAUCAGUGUAUUUACAAAUGAAGCAAAUGUAACAAGCCAAAAGGAUAUAAGGUAACACGGAAAGUGUGUCAAAUCAGCUGUAGAGGUUUAAACCAUGAAGAACAUGCUUGUAAACUGGUCAUGUUGUUGUCAUCAUUGGCAGCUUAUAAGCCAGUUUAUUGUCCAUUUUUGCUCACCUCAUUCACUGAGGUGAGAGGUCAGGUUCAAAUACAGUUACUCCUGCAGCGCUUCACUCAUGAUCACAUCAGCAGGGCCGAUGGUUGACCCACAGGGAGGCUUGCAUCAACAAAGAAAGACGAUCUGUGAAAAACUGUUUUAUUGUGUUUAAUUUAUAUUGUUGCAAAAAUCUAACUUUUAUUUUAAAAUGUUCUUCUCUACACAAAGAAUGAUUAAAGGAAGACAUUAGUUUGAUUGAA